AUGUCUAUGACAAAAAGAUUUUUCAAUUUAACGGGACUACGUACCAGACCAUCCCAAGCAUUAUUUCGUCAUCACUUCACUAGAAACCAGAGAUUGCCAUUAAAGGCUGGUUUAAGUGGUAAGUUCAUCUUAUACACUGCAUCUUUGCUUGGUGCUAGUGCAUUUACAUUGUAUUGUUUCAAUUCGCGUUCAGCUAUUCAUGAAUAUUUUAUUUGUCCAGUUAUCCGUUUUCUUACUCCGGAUGCAGAAAUUGGCCAUAAAUUAGGUAUUUGGUGUUUUAAAGUUGGUUUAUCACCAAGGCUAUUUUUUGAUAAGGACGAUAAAUCCAUUAAUGUUGACGUUUUUGGUAAGACUAUGAGUAAUCCUAUUGGUUGUGCCGCAGGUUUUGAUAAAGAUGGUGAAGGUAUUGAUGGUAUUUUCAAUAUUGGUUUUGGUUAUGUUGAAAUUGGUUCUGUUACCCCUAAGUCUCAACCUGGUAAUCCUAAGCCAAGAUUUUUCAGAUUGCCACAAGAUGAUGCUGUUAUCAAUAGAUAUGGGUUUAACUCCUCUGGUCACCAAGUCGUUUUUGAAAAUUUGAUGAGACGUGUUUCUAAAUUUUUAAAUUCUUACUCCACCAAGAAUCAAAAAUCACAAGUUAAUUUAUCAUUAUAUAAAAAUAAGUUGUUGGCUGUGAAUUUGGGUAAAAACAAGAAUGGUGAUGAGGUUAAGGACUAUUUAAGUGGUAUUGAAAAAUUCCAAUCGUUGUCUGAUGUAUUGGUAAUAAAUGUUUCGUCUCCAAACACACCAGGACUAAGAGAUUUACAAGAAGAGACAAAAUUAACCAACCUAUUGUCUGAAGUUGUUAAGAAGAGAGAUUCUUUGAUUGAUAAUGGUAAUGUUUUAGGUGCCAAAGAACAUAAACCACCAAUUUUAGUUAAGAUUGCUCCAGAUUUAACUGAACCUGAAUUGGCCUCUAUUGUUCAAAGCGCUAAAGAUUCUAAGAUAGAUGGAAUUGUUGUUUCCAACACUACUAUUCAAAGACCAAGCGCCUUAAUAACAAAAGAUGAAACUUUGAAGCAACAAGCCGGUGGUUUGAGUGGUAAACCUUUAAAACCAUUGUCUUUAAAGGCUUUGAAGACCGUUGCCAAAUAUGCUAAGGAUUCAGAUUUGGUUUUAGUUGGUUGUGGUGGUAUUUCUAGCGGUAAAGAUGCUAUUGAAUUUGCCAAAGCCGGUGCUACUUUUGUACAAUUAUACACUGCUUUUGCUUAUAGUGGUCCUGGUUUGAUUGCCCAGAUUAAAGAUGAAAUUACUUCAGAAUUGGCUAAGGAGGGUAAAACUUGGAUGCAAAUUAUUGGCGAAGAUAACAAAUAG